CACAUGAUGACCAGGUGGACCCUGGUGGUGUUCGUGGUCCUGAUGUUGGAUAGGAUCCUAUUUGUCCCAGGAACUCCUAUCCCCACCUUCCAGCCCCUCCCUCAGAACUCUCCGGAGACAACUCCUAGCUCUGUGACCUCAGAGAGCCCCUCAGUUACCACCACAGGACCCUCAGCUUCCUGGAGCAACUCAAAAGCCAGCCCUUACCUGGUCACCCGUGUCACGCUCUCCCUGGAUGUCCCCAUUGGCCUCCUGCGGAUCUUACUGGAACAGGCUCGUUACAAGGCUGCCAGGAAUCAGGCUGCCACUAAUGCUCAAAUACUAGCCCGUGUUGGCCGCCGCUGAGACUGAAGAAGGGGGUCCUAAAGAUGGGGUGACCCUGGAUGAGAAGUUCUGGAGGACAGCCACAAAGCUGGAUAGUACUACAUUUGGCCAAACACAUACCCAGAGAUCACCGCGAUGGACCACUGCCAUAGCUUCCAAGUAUCUACAGUGUGUUUCUACAGCUUGGCCAUAUAGUGUCUUGCCAUGCUUCUGAGCCCCUCACACUUCAUCUUGGACUCUAGCAUGUAUGUUCAAUAUGUGGAAUCUUGUCAUGUCUAGCUGAGUCUGGCAGUCACAGAGCAUCUAGAUACCACCAUGUGAGCUCCAUCCUUAAAUGUAAAGGAGAGUCAACAUAGGACCCCGGUGCUGCACCUGAAGUCCAUCGAAGGUCCACAGGCCUGACCCCCUCCCCAGGCUGCUACACCAGAGAGUGCUGGAGGGGGUCACGUGCUUGUUUUGUGGUCUUGUUUUUGUUUUUAAAGACAGUCUUGGGCUGGUGAGAUGGUUCAGAGGUUAUGAGUCCUAGUUGCUCUUCCAGAGGACCUGAGUUCAGUUCCCAGCAACCACCUGGUGGCUCACAACCAUCUAUAAGGGGAUGCCUUCUUCUGGCCUAUGGAAGUAUAUGCAGCAGAGCAUUCACACAAUAAA